GCAGUAAUGGGGACCGUGCGGUACAACGUGUAGUGUGUAGAAGUGAACGCUAGGGGUCACCGCUCUCAGUAGAUUUCCCGUUAGGGGUAUGCGCCAUAUUGGCAGUCUCCUCCAUCUCACCAAAUGUCGAGCAUGCAUGUCUCCAACCGGUUACUGAGGCGAUAUCUGUAAACAUUUACAGCCACCUGUGAGCCGAAAUACAACACUAUGGAGGCCGUCAAAGCCUUUAACAUUGAGCUGUACUCACUGAAUGAGUACAAGCCACCCAUCUCCAAGGCCAAGAUGACACAGAUCACCAAGUCUGGAAUCAAAGCUAUUAAAUUCUACAAACAUGUUGUCCAGAGUGUAGAGAAGUUCAUACAAAAGUGCAAACCAGAAUACAAGGUUCCAGGGCUGUACGUCAUCGACUCGAUUGUCAGACAGUCACGACAUCAGUUUGGCACAGAAAAGGACGUUUUUGCACCGCGCUUCAGCAAGAACAUCAUUGUAACGUUCCAGCACCUCUACCGCUGCCCUCCAGAUGAUAAGAGUAAGAUAGUGCGAGUCCUGAACCUGUGGCAGAAGAAUGUGGUCUUCAAGAGUGACAUAAUCCAGCCUCUGCUGGACAUGGCAGCAGGGAUCCCCCCUCCCAGCGUCACACCUAUCAUGCCCACUAGUGCUGCUCCAGUCAAUAACACUACACCUGGUACGCCAGCCACCCCGGCCACCCCAGCUAACAUUGUCCAGGGUCUGCCUGACUGGGCUUCCCAGAUUACCAACACAGACACUGUGGCUGCUGUGGCACAAAUCCUACAGAGUCCCCAGGGACAGCAGCUGCAGCAGCUGGUACAGAGUCUGCAGAUGCAGCAGCAGAAGCCCCAGCCAUCCCUGUUGCAAGCCUUGGAUGCUGGCCUGGUGGUGCAGUUGCAAGCUCUGACAGCUCAACUCACUGCAGCUGCUACUGCCAACAGCCUCAACCCCCUUGAGCAAAGGGUCUCCUCUUUUAAUAAGAAACUUUUGGGUCCGUUUGACUUUGGGAGCAAUUCUGAACGUGGUGAAGAAUCUAAAAAGGACACAUCAUCUCAGCUGCCUAUAGUGUCUGAGCCCAUCAACAGCUCCCUCUUCCAUCAGUUGGCUGAGCAGCUACAACAGCAGAAUUUGGAGCAGUUUCAAAAGCAGCUCUUAGAGCACCAGCAACAUCAACAGAAGGCGAUGAGUAUAGAAGGGCAGGACUCAAUCUUUGGACAAGAGUCUGUUGCGACCGCUCAGAGCAGCAGCCAGCCACAGCUUCCUGAGCCAGAGAACAAAUUAGAUGACUCCAUAGACAACCAACAGCAGGACAUGGAUCUGGACGAGGGCCCAGAUGGAAUGGAGGAGGAGGAGGAGAUCUUUGAGGCAGAAGAGAAGAAGACAGUCAGCACACGCUCCAGAACACGCUCAAGGUCACGGUCUCGGUCUCCAAAGAGGAGAAGGUCUAGGUCUCGUUCCAGCUCUCGGAAGCGUAAACACCGCAAGCGGUCACGAUCACGUUCCAGAGAUCGUAAGAGGAAGUCAUCGCGGUCUUACUCAAGCGAAAGACGCGCCAGAGAGCGAGAGAAGGAGCGGCAGAAGAAAGGACUGCCUCCCAUACGAUCCAAGACUCUAAGUGUGUGCAGCACAACUCUGUGGGUGGGUCAGGUGGACAAGAAGGCCACUCAGCAAGAUCUGACCAAUCUGUUUGAAGAAUUUGGUCAGAUUGAAUCUAUCAACAUGAUCCCACCCAGAGGCUGUGCCUAUAUCUGUAUGGUCCACAGGCAGGAUGCCUAUCGCGCCCGUCAGAAGCUUAGCACCGGCUCCUAUAAGAUUGGCUCCAAGAUUAUCAAGAUUGCAUGGGCCCUAAACAAGGGGGUAAAACAGGAGUACAAACAAUUUUGGGAUGUGGACCUGGGUGUCACUUACAUACCUUGGGAGAAGGUGAAGUUGGAUGACCUGGAUGGCUUUGCUGAAGGAGGAAUCAUUGACCAGGAGACCGUCAAUGAUGAGUGGGAAGCAGCCAAGAGUGCAGAGCCAGCCAAGGAGGUUACAUGUCAGCCAGUAAGCGUCGAGACUACAGCAGCAUCCAACACCCAGACUGAGACAUACAGCCAGCAGGUUACCAUGAUGCCUGUGCAGCUACCAGUGGCCCAGGCUGUUCAAAGUGCAGUAGGUUUGGUGCCUCCGACCUUCCCUGUCACCAUGGGCAUACCCCCACCAGGCUACGUGCCGCCACCACCCUUCAUAAGGGCUGGCUUCAAUACCUCACAGCCUCCGCCAGGAUUCAUGCAGGCAGCACAGACAGCAAGCAUGGCCUCAGCAACUACUUCUUUAGUGCAGCCUUCAGUGGCCUCAAGCCAAGAAGCUGUCAAGGAAUCACCGUUCAGUGCUAUGAUGCCUCCAACCGGCACCAUCCCUGGCAGCUUCAUGCCCUCAGCCAUCCCUGGAGCCAGUAUGUUCAACCCAGUAGGAGUCCCAACUCAGCAAGCUUCUGGUGAGAAAACACAGUCUGCGGAGGGAAUGGAUGCUGCUGCGGAGCUCACACUGCAAGGCAUGCAGAAUGCAGUCCGCAGUGGCAUGGGUCUCCUUGGCAUGCAUCCUACAGCUUCCCUCACCCACCCGUUGCAUCAGUCUGGUCUGACUGGGCAGAGAAUGCCUGGUCUGCUGCCUCUAGAUGUGCGACCUAAUCUCCUCCAGCCUGGGGCUGCUGCCCGCUUCCCACUCCUCAUGCAGCAGGGCCCGGCCCAGCAGGCUGCUAGUCUCCUCGACGGGUCCCUCCAGGCUCAAGCCCGCCCCAGGGCUCCCUUCUCUCAGAUGGACCCCUUCAGCAGAGCUCCGAACCUUACCAAUGAAAAUUUAUCCAAGACAGAAGAUGAGUCUUCAUCUGGUGCUGAUGAGGGCAAAGACCAGGACUACCGCUUCCCCCCGAUGGAAAAGCAGAGCACAGGGUUGCUGAGGACACCUCCACCAGAGCAUAGGGAACCACUUGGAAGCAGUGGUGGAGCAGGAGGAAGUGGAGGAGGCAGGCCUCCCUUGCUCCAGACACCAGGGACACAGCCAGCCAGAACUAGCCUAGUGGGACGUCUGCAAGCUCUUGCAGGCUUCACUCCUGACAACCGCUGGAACCAGGUCAGAGGGGACUUUGAUGAACGAGAUGGCACGCGAGGAGGCCCACAGGCUCCUAGUGGACCAAAAGGCUUCCAGGAGGAGCGGCCCACACCUGGGCAGAACUUCCCCAACCGCUUUGACAGCCGUCCAGGAGCAGCAGCAGCAGCAGGAGGAGCUGGAGGGCUUCCUGGCAAUGCUGGAGGUGUUGGGGGGCCGCAGGCCUGGAACCGAAGCGUUGGUUCAACAGCGCCUUUUGACACUGAAUUACAUCAAGACCUAGAUGACAGAAGACGUCCGUGGGACAGGCAGAGAGACAGAGAUGAAAGAGAUUUUGACUUCAGGAGGGAGAUGAAUGGUAACCGCCAAAGCCGAGAGCGUGAGAGGGAGAGAGAAAGGGAGCGAGGCCGAGAUCGAACGAGAGAACAUGAACGUGACAGGGACCGUGACAAAGAGCGAGAUCGUGAACGUGGGAGCUGGACACCUCUGCUCCCUCUACCUACACCUCUACUUCCAACUCCACCUCUUAAUCCCAACCUGACCUUGAACCAAGGCAAACUACUUGCACCACUCAAAUUGAACCCCCAGCUUCAGCCACGAUUCCAGCCCCUUCUUUUGCCUCAAGCUCAAGGCAGACCUUCUCUCUUGAGUCUGGAUCAGCCACCGCCUCAGAUUCAGAUCAAGUCUCCACCUUUGUCACAGAGCCAAACAGCUGAGCACCAUUCAGAAACCCCAGCUCCAUUUGCGACACCUCAGGCCCAAUCACCUGACCCAUCCCCUGACAGCAACAGUCAGAGCCCAGUAACUGAGGCUCCCGCCAAGGCUGAGUCACCAUCCCUGCCUACAGCCCCCUCCAACACCUCUAGCUCUUCAGGCACUAAGACCCCAUGCCGAGCCUCUCCGCCGGUUGAGGCCUUGUCCCAGGACUCACCUGUGGCCUUCAUACAAGCUGCCAGCCCCCCGGAAGAGACAUCUCACUCUCUGGAGGAGCAGGAAAGUCCACAGAAAGAUGAGAACAAGUCUCAAGGGGAAGCCUUCUCACCCCAACGCCAGUGGGUCAAUGGAUCUGAGAUAGACAAUAGCAAUGUGGCUGAACCAACACCUGAGGACUCUCCUGAGCCCAUUCCAGAACCUUCUUUCUGUUCUCUGCUCCCUGAAAAUGAACCGAAGCUGCAGCAGGAGCAGAUUGUCUCUCCUAAGGACGUGGGCAAUGAACAGAGUGAGCCCAUGGAGGAAGUUGCGAGUCAGCCAGUGGUAGACACUGUCACAGACACUGAGGGGACAUAAUCAUCACUCAGUAGGUAAAAGAUCAUUUUGUAAAGUUGUCUCUUCUUCUCUGUACUCAUGUCAGCAAAGCACCACCACACGGGACAUGACGAAUACUGACUCACAUCAGUUAUUAUCUAAUAACCAGUAACAAAUGAUUUUAUCUUUCACAAAUACCAGUGUACUUAAAUAGAAGACUCGUUAGCUGAUUUUAUUGAUAGAACAUUUUGUUUGUAUUUUAUUUUCUUUUUUAAGUUGUAAUGCCACCCCCCAUCCAUUUUAAUUAAUCUGAGCUUGAUUAAUUUUCCUAUUGCCUGCCGAAAUGUUUAACUGUAUAUGGGGAAACUGAGCGUUGACCUUCCUAUGGAAGAGUAAGAAAUCCUGGCUGUUCAACAAAGGAUUGAAUAUAGGUAUACACAAUACUUGAAAACAGUGGUUGCUUGCCCCAUUUCUGUCUUCUGCAAGUUUUGUGGUGCCCUACAAUGCUUUCUGUUUUUAAGCAGAAUAAAUAGCCUGGAUACCUGUGAGCACAGUACAUCUACUUUUAAUUGGAGAAAAUGAACAUUUUUAAAAUGAAAAUCUGAAACUGUUGUAUCCCCCAAAAUAAAGGUAUGUAAUUUGUUGUCAAUUAUACGGUAAACCCAAACAGUAAAUGACAUGCCAGGGGGAAGACAAGAAAAUGAACAGAGGGAUGUUCUCAUGUCGGGUGCAUAUUGUUUUAGUAUGAAAUAAACAUGCUUUGUCUGUUUAAAACACA